AUGGUCCAGCAGCCGGAUAAUAGAAUGGCUAAAACAUAUAAUAAAGCUGAGUUGAACCGAUUAAGGGGACGCGUAAAAGCAAAGCUCACGAUUAUAACUAAAUUUGAUGAAAAAGAUAAAGAAUUGUGUGAGAAGACUAAAGUUGAAUGGGAAAGUAAAUUACGUCAUAUCUCGGAAUUAAAACAAGAAUUGAAAAGGCUCUUCGAGUUAUACGGUGAGUUAAAGUUGGAUGAAAAAGAAGAAUUCGAGUGUGAUGAAAUCUUCAUGGAAUUGGAUUCGAUCUGCGACACUCUGGAGGUAAACAUUAAAUAUUUCCUUACUGGGUUUACUGAUAAAACGGAUAAGUCUAAAACUGAAGACUUUAGCGCUAACAAUUCAUUAAAGUUUGAUUUCGCUGCAAAAUUGCCUACUAUCCCGUUACCUAAAUUUAGCGGUAAAAUUGAAGAAUUUGCUAACUUUAAGGGUCAGUUUCAAUCCAUGAUUUCUGCUAAUGAAAACAUUUCAGAAACUCAAAAAUUGUUCUAUUUAAAAGCUGCCUUACAAGGUGAAGCAAAAAUGUUAGAAACUAGUGAGGACACGUUUAAAUCCUUGUUUAGUGCAUUAGAGGCUAGGUAUGAAAAUAAACGUGCAAUAGUGGAUCUCCAUAUUCAGGAAAUAUUGGGAUUAGAAAAAAUAAAUUUCGAAAACUCAAAAUUGUUGAGAAAUUUAUCUGAUAAAGUUAAAAAGAAUUUAAGAGGCUUAAAAGUGCUUAAUUUAGAAUGUAAUGAUCUUUCAAAUGCGAUAAUAACGAACAUUGUUCUUCAAAAGCUAGACAAAGAUUCUAGAAAGGCAUACGAAUUAUCUGUAGCUACUAAAGAAAUUCCGUCAUUACAUGAAUUAUUACAAUUUAUAGAUAACAGAUCUAAUGUGCUUGAUCAAUUAAAUACGAGUAUUUCUAACAAAAAUGUAAAAGGGUUUCAAAAUCAUAUGUCAAAACCCAGAAAUUUAUUUAUUAAUGCCGAUAAAAACAUUAAACUUUGCUUUAUGUGUAAUGAACAACAUUCUUUAUUUAAGUGUAACCAGUUCAACAAUUUAAAUAUUUCUCAGCGCUUAGAAUUUGUAAAGAAUCACAAAUUGUGUAGAAAUUGCUUAAGGCAACACAAGUCUGAUUGUCGUUCAACAUUCAAAUGCUCGGUAUGCUUUAAAAGGCAUAAUACAUUGCUACAUUAUGAAAAAGACAAAAAUGGCAGUAAAUCAGUACCUUCAAAUGUAAAUGUUAAUAAUUCGUUUUCCGCGAUAGAAGAAUCAUCGUAUAAACAAGAAGCGUCACUCGCUAGUACGCUCCUAGCUCAGAAGUCAGGAAUUUUAUGUACCGUUUUGAUGUAUGUUACCAAUGCGAGUGGAAGGAAAGUAAAAUCAAGAGGAAUUUUAGAUAGUGUCAGCACUGUAAACUGUAUUUCUCGUGAAGCCGCUGAAUUUCUUGAGUUAAAAAAGGAAGAAUCGAAUAUUUUCAUUUCUGGUAUCAAUGGUAAAGAAAGUUUUGUAAAAAAGUCGGUAACAGCAACAAUUUCGAACGAGAAGGGAGAUUAUACAAAAACUACAACCUUCUUAAUUUUACCAAAAAUUACGGGACUAACGCCGAUGAGGCGUCUGGAUGUGUCGCGGUUAGAUUUUCCCAGCGGAAUCGAAUUAGCGGAUUCUGAGUUUUUUAUUCCUAACAAAAUUCAUGCAUUAAUUGGGUGUGAAUUCUUUUUUGAAUUGCUUAAGCCGGGGAAAUUUAAAUCAAAAGAUAAUUCUUUAUUUUUGCAAAACACAGUGUUCGGAUUUGUAGUAUCAGGAACGAUAAAUAACGUAAAAGUAAAUUUCUUUGCGGGUUUGACUUCCGAAAAGGAAAACUUAAAUCGUACAAUUCAGAGAUUUUUUGAGAUUGAAUCGUUUCCUGGAGAUGCUGGAGAUGACAAAAAUGUUUCUGUUGAAGAGUUGUACUGCGAGGAAUAUUUCAUUAAAACAACUAAACGCGAUGAUUCUGGUAGAUAUAUAGUUAAACUUCCGAUAAGGGAAAACAGGAGUUCAUGUUUGGGAAACUCCAGAGAUGUCGCAGAAAAACGUUUGAAUCAACUUUGGAAAAAAUUAAGCGAAAACGAAGAUAUGGCAAGUCAAUACAAGUGUUUUAUGGACGAAUAUCUGCAUCUAGGGCACAUGGAAAGGGAAAUUGAGUGUCCUUCAAACACGGACAAUGGUUAUUACAUUCCACAUCACGCCGUUUUACGACCAGAUAGUGUAUCUACGCCUUUACGGGUCGUAUUCGAUGCUUCAGCAAAAACAAAUGAGGGUAGUUCACUAAAUUCAAUUUUAUUCAACGGAGGUAUCGUUCAACAGGACUUGUUUUCCAUUGCAUUGCGGUUUAGAAAACAUCAAUAUGCUUUCAGUGCUGAUAUAAAAAAGAUGUAUCGGCAGAUAUUAGUAGAUCCUGAGGAUCGAGAACUGCAAAAAAUUCUUUGGAAAACGGAUCCGUUUGGCCCCGUUGAAACUUAUCAUUUAAAAACUGUAACGUACGGCACAAAAUGUGCGCCAUUUCUGGCCACUCGAACGCUAAGGGCUUUGGCAGAUGACGAACUUAAAGAUUACUCCGAUGCAUGUGAAGUAGUUCGCAACGACUUUUAUGUUGAUGACGUGCUGUCGGGUUCAGAAAGUUUGGAUCAGGCUAAGUUCCUACAGUCUAAUCUCAUUAAAGUUUUGCAGAGAGGAGGAAUGGAACUCCAUAAAUGGGUGUCUAACCAUCCUGAAUUAAUACUAGGGGAUACUCAUCAUGAAUACUCGUUCACAUCUUAA